AAUAUAUUUAUAUAAAUUUUACAAAGAAGUUAUAAGCGCAUUUUUAUAUGUAUAUAUAUAUAUAAAUUUCGCCUAAAUAAAUAUAUAUAUAUACAUAUAUACAUAUUAUAGAAUUAAAAAGAGAGAGAGAGAGAAAAAAAAACCCCCUUUUAAUUUAUAUGCUGAUAUGGCUGCAGAAGCCAAUACACUUCCAAUUAUAUGUAGAGUAAGAGCAUUAUAUGCUUUCUCGUCAACAGAAAAAUCAUCUUUAUCAUUUGAAAAAGAUGAAUACAUCGAUGUACUUACCAAAUUGGAUUCUGGUUGGUGGGAUGGUUUAUGUGGAGGCAAUCGGGGUUGGUUUCCUAGCAACUAUGUUAAAAUUGUCGAAACGAGUCAAGACCUUAUUGUAGAGAAAGAUAAAAAGCAUCAUAAUCCCGCCACAACAAUAGAAGAUGACAGCGACGAAGAAGCAAGAACAAUCAAAGUUAUACAAAGAAUGAAUCAGGGAAUUCAUCCUACUAGCUCAUCAAAAAAUCAUCAUUCAUAUUACUCAGGAGCAAUCCAGCCUAAACGUCAUAGAUUACAAGCACCUCCUUCUUCUUCAUCACUCAAUCAACAACGGUCCUCUUAUAAUGAGGAUGAUUCUGAUUUACCUGAAGGAUGGACCCUUCAAAUAGCUGAUGACGGAAUCACGAAAUUCUAUUUUAAUAAACAAACAGGUGGGCUGCGUUGGAAUCACCCUGGUAUUAUCUCAGAUUCUGAUAAUGAUGAUAGUCAUCCUAGUGCAGAAGAAGAAUUUGAAGUUACUUCUCGACCUAUUUCAAUGGAUAAGCCAAUGGAACAUUUUGAUGAUUUUGGAAAAAUACAGUCAAAACAGAAUCAAACUGUGGUAGAGCAUAAGCAUGUUAAUUUAAUGUCAUAUUGGACUAAACGAACUACUCCACAAGGAAAAGUAUAUUAUGGAAAUUCAAUUACAAACGAAACAACAUGGAAUUAUGACGAUAUUGAUCUUUCUACUGGACGUUUGAAAACAGAAAAUAAUGAGCAAAUUAAUUCUGAAUAUAAUAAUAAAAUCAAACACAAUAAAUCAGAAAAUACAUUAUUAGAAGAAGAGAAUAUGACAUGGAAAACAAUAGCUAGUGAAAUAGCACAUUCAGUACGAGAUUUAAAUAAAUCUAUUAUGCGAAAUGAAAAUACAGUCAUAUAUAGACAAAAGAUUGCAGUUAUUGUGGAUGCAGUUCGACUUAUGUUAUACGCUUCCAGAUCUAUGGAUAAAGAUGCACCACAUAUGCAAGACACGGAGAUUAAGGAGCCAUUACGUAUCGUCCUCUCUACACUUGCUAAACUUAUUUUAUCUGCUAAAAAUAUAAAUGAUAAUAUUAUGGAUGUAAAUAGUAAAAUACAACGUGAUGCAUCUGAUGUUCUAAAUGCUGUGAGAAAAUUUAUUUUAGUCUGUCAGAAUAAGGAUAUCAGUCUUGGACCCAUUAAUCCUAAAUUCGUUUUAUUACAUGAAACCGAGGAUGAGUUACCAAGAAAAAUGAGCAGAAGAAAGAGCAGUACUGGAACACAAUCAAAAGCAAAAUACCCUCUUAAUCAAGAUCUUAUCGUUAGUUUACAAACUCACGCAAAGCAGAUUGUUGGUUCAACAGAUGCCUUAUGUAAGGCAUCCACUUAUAUAUAUACAUUGGAGCAGAAACAACAGAAGAAAAUUAGCGAGAACGAGAAUGAUGACGGUGACGAAGAAUCUAUCUUUAAUGAAGAACAAUAUAAUAUUCUUGACGAAAAGGCAAGAUCAAAUGUAAUUUUACUUUUCCAAAAUUUAUCAUCUCAAAUUGGGAAUUACCUCGCUAUAUUAAACGAUGUUGAUGUAAAUAACUUUGAUACAACCCAAAUUCAGUCAUUACCUGAAUUUCGCAGCAAUAAGCAACAGCUUUAUAAUUCAAUUGGAUUACUCUUUAGUGCUGUGCAAGUCUUGACAGAUACUCAUAAUGAAUUAGCUAAAUCUGUUAGUUCUAUUGAAGAAACCGUUCAUUUAGUUGAGGAUACAAUUGAAAACAUCUUCUCUAACGUUGUGCAAAUGGUAGGUGAACGUAAAGUUUGGUUGAUGAAAAAUGGCGAAAAUAGCAAUAUACGAGAAGGAGAUCCAAUUUCACCUGUUCACAACUAUUUUGAUAACGACAACAAGAAACAGAACAAUUAUCGUAAUAAUUUGAAUGAAUCAACAUCAGUUGCUGAAAAUAAUACAACAUUAGAGACAUCAAAUACACUUAUGCUUCCUCGUUUGUAUAACAGACAAACAAAUCAGCAACAGGCACAACAUAGACCUUCUAUAAGUACAGCGGCUACAAGCUUAACAUUAGCCAAUUUGGUUCGGUCUGUAGAUAAUAAAGCUUUAAAACGCCAAUUUAGUUUCGGUCAUGGUAUAAAUCUCCAAGAAGAUCAAUCUCAAUUUUGGUUUCUAGGAUAUGAUUAUGCAGAAGGCGAUAUUGAAUUUUCUCAAGAUAAGAGUGUAAAAGGUGGUACUCUUCGUGCUUUAGUUGAGCGUUUAACUCUUCAUGAUUAUAUAGACAUGAGCUUUAUUGCCAAUUUCUUAUUAACAUAUAGAUCUUUUUGUACUACUGAAGAGUUUGUUGAUUUACUACAAGAGCGAUAUAAUUUAGCACCUCCUGAUAAUUUGACACCAGAAGAGCUUGAUAUAUGGACAGAUAAAAAACAAAAGUUUAUUCGACUUCGUGUUUUUAAUGUUAUGAAGAAUUGGCUAGAAAAUUAUUAUAAUGAUAAAGAUGAGUUUAUAUUGAAUAAACUUCAAAUCUUUGCUAAUACAGUAAUUUGCGAUUCCUCAUCUUUUUCAGCUGAACAAUUAAAUCGUCUCAUUAGGAAACGAAGGGAAUUAGAUGCUAAUGGUGGUGGCUUAAAGAAAUUGAUACCAAAUACCAUGAAUGGACCUAUGCCAAUUCUACCAAAAAACUUACAACAUAUUCGCUUGUUAGAUACAGAUCCUCUUGAAUUAGCACGUCAACUUACUAUCAUGGACUUUAAAUUUUAUAGCAGUAUUCGACCUAUUGAAUGCUUAAGCAAAGCCUGGUCUAAAGAUGGUGCUGAAAAUGCCGAAAAUGUGAAACAAUCUAUUGAUUAUUGUAAUCGAUUAACUUCAUGGGUCUCUGGAAGUAUUCUAAGUUAUAAAGAAGCUAAAAAGCGUGUAGUUGUUAUCAAGUAUUGGGCUCAAGUUGCAAAUCGUUGUCUUGAGAUGAAUAACUAUAAUACAUGUAUGGCAAUUCUUUCUGCCUUUGAUAAUAGUGCUAUCGGAAGAUUAAAAAAGACAUGGGAGCUUGUCAGCAGUCGUACUAGUCAAUCACUUGCUCACAUUCGAAAAUUGAUGGGAUCAAAUCGAAAUUUUACAGAGUACCGAGAAAUGAUUCAUUCUGUGAAUCCACCUUGUAUUCCAUUUUUAGGUAUUUACUUACAAGAUCUCACAUUUAUUGAAGACGGUAAUCCAGACUUUUUGAAAAAGUCUAAUAACUUGAUCAAUUUUGCAAAGCAACAAAAGGCAGCAGAGGUUAUUCGAGAAAUUAAACAAUUUCAAUCGCCGCCAUAUAUCUUUCAAUAUGUACCUGAAAUUCAGGAUUAUAUUAAGAUGCAAUUAGAAACAAGUAGAGAUGUUGAUUAUUUAUAUGAAAGAAGUUUAGAACUUGAGCCUAGAGCUCAAACAAUGAAUGAUAACAUAUAAAUAGAGAGAAAGAGGAAGAAGAAAAGAGACAGAGAGAUAGAAAGAAAAGGAUUAUUUUUUUUUGUAAUAUAUUAUAUCAAUUAUGAACACAAUAAUAAAUUUCAAGCAUGCAAAGAAAUACACAAAUUUGUAUAUAAAAAUUUGUUUCUAAAAUUAUGUAUUAUAAACUUUGAGAUAG